ACAAAAAGAAUAUAAAAUUACAAAAACCUCACUUUCCCAACCAAAUCCCAAACGCCUUUGAAAAAACUACUAUUGCCUUAUUUUCAAGCCAAUUCACAUUCCCAAUCUUCCUUAAUUCUUUCUUUCUUUCUCCUCUUAAUCCCACAAAUUCACACCAACCCAAUCCAAGAUCUGGACCUUGGAGCCACUAUCACAAUUCACAAUGUGCUGCGUUGGAAAGGUUUGCAUGCUCUGCACCUGCCUCAUUCUCGUCGUUGUCGCCAUCGGUUUGCUCUUUGGAUUCGGAGUUUUCAAAGAUGGAUUUCAUAAGAUUAAAGAUAAAGUCGAUUUCUGCGAUGGAGGUCCCUGCGGCGGCGGUGGACACGGCUCUUUCUCCCCUGCACCUCCGCCUCCUCCGUUCUAGGGUUUCGUUUCUGUGAAUCUUUGUUUUUUUUUUUUUUUUUUUUUUAAUUUUAGAGAUGUUUUGGGAUUGGUUUGUUUGUUUGUUAUAUGGUUGCAUAUAUAAUCUCUCUCUCUCUCUCUCUCUCUCUCUCUUUCUUUUUUCUUUUGCGUCCUCCUAAUAUGAUACAUUUUCGAUUCUUUCUACGAUAAUAUGUAUGAAUUUGGAUGGAAUAAUGUGAAAAUUCAUUCAUGGAUUUGAGUUGAGGGGAUCGAUUGGUUUUAGGUAUUUUGAAGUUCUUGGAUUAGAUUUUUGGUCAUUCAAUGUCCUAAAGAAUUGGUUUGGAUAUAUGUUCAUAUGGGGAUAUGGAUAUUAAAUGUAAAUGUGAAUCCAAAGCCAAAGGUUGGUUU